UGAACUUUCUACCUGCUGAGAACGCAAGCUCCCACCUGGGCAGGUGCCAAUUUCCACCUGCUCCACCCCUGCCGAACGGCGACGGCACCAUAUAAAAGCAUUUCCGUUGGCUUGUCCCGUUUCUCUGCCUCCGUUCUCGGCCCACCCUCUGCAGAGAAGCCCAGCCUCGGACAGCGCCAUGGCUUUCGUCCCUGCGCCCGGUUACAUGCCCGUGUACAACCCGACCCUCCCUUACUCCCAGCCCAUACCUGGGGGUCUCCGUCCUGGAAUGUCGGUGUACGUCCAGGGAACUGUACCACAUCACACCAAGAGGUUCCGGGUGAACUUUGCCUGCGGCCCUCAAGACGGAGCGGAUAUUGCCCUGCAUUUCAACCCCCGUUUUGAUGGCAAAGACAAAGUGGUCCUGAACACCUUUCAUGGGGGCAAGUGGGGCAAAGAGGACCACCAGAACAUGCCCCUCCGCAAAGGGGAGCACUUUGAGGUCAUCUUCGUGGUCAACCCCGAUUGCUACCAGAUCUUGGUGAACAGAAAUCCCUUCUGCAGCUAUGGGCACAGGAUCCCUCCAGAGCGGGUGCAAGUCGUGACCGCAGAUGGAGACCUGGAGCUGCAGUCCAUGACCCUUAUCGGCGGAGGUGGGGGAAUGCCAGCGCAACCCCAGCCACCGAUGGGCAUGCCGGGAAUGAUGCCGGGUUAUGGACAGCCUCCUUCAAAUCUUCCUGGCAUGAUGUUGCCGGAUUAUGGGUACCCAUCUCCCAACCUGCCCAUGAUGACGGCUCCCACUUCCUACCACCCGCAAGUGCCGUAUGUCGGCAACAUUUACGGGGGACUGGGAUCCAAGAGGACCAUCGUGGUGAGAGGGUUCAUCCCACAACAUGCGAAAAGAUUCCACAUCAACUUUAAAGCCGGGUCUGAGACUGUCCUGCAUAUUAACCCCCGCAUGGAUGAGCGGGCAGUGGUGCGCAACAGCUUCCUGGGUGGCCGUUGGGGCCCUGAGGAACGUGAGCUUUCCUUCAAUCCCUUCCAGCCUGGCCAGUACUUUGAUCUCUCCAUCCGCUGUGGCAACCAGCGUUUCAAGAUCUUCGCCAACGGGCAACCCCUUUUCAAUUACAACCACCGUUUCCACAACUUCCAGCAGAUUGACACCAUUGAGAUCGAUGGGGACGUGGUUCUCUCUUUCAUUCAGUACUAAGAACUGGAAAAGGGAACAGGGGAGGAAAUCUAAGGCCAUCGCUAUUUCUCACCCCUCCCUCCUUACCUGCCCUUGAUUUAAGACUAAAACUGAAUUUUUAAAAUGGUCACUUUAAUAAAGCGUUUUUAUUCCAA